UCGAAGAGAUUAAACCGACCGUAUAGAGGUUGAAGGAAGAGGAAGAACCAGAACAAAAAACCAGAGACAAAAAUGGAGGUUCAAAAUUGACAGUCGGAGGAGUCUCAUUUCGGUUCGAAGAUUUUUCCUCUUUCAUCCAUGCGGCGAGGCAGGCCCUCAGAUCCAUUUACAGCGACAGAAGUGCCGAAAUCUACCGUUCAGCGCGAGAAUCCUCUCAAAGAGAUCCGAUACAGAGGCGUUCGGAAGCGUCCUUGGGGAAGAUACGCCGCGGAGAUCAGAGAUCCCUGGAAGAAAACUAGGGUUUGGCUCGGUACCUUUGAUUCCGCUGAAGAGGCUGCUCGUGCUUACGAUACUGCUGCUCGGUCCCUCCGUGGAGCCAAGGCCAAAACUAACUUUCCUUUACAUCCAUCGACGAUUUCGAUUCAGCAACCUAUUCCGUUUUAUCAAUCGCCGCCGGAUUUGAUCGAUUCGAACGGUUUUGGCAAGAUAGAGUGUGUCCAGGCUAAUAGGCCUACGUCGAGCAGCUUGAGUUCCACUGUUGAGUCGUUUAGUGGACCGCGGAUUUCUAACCCUUUGUCGUCGUUGUCGAUGGUUCCCCGGAGGCCGGUGCAGCCUGUUUCGCCCGACGACUGCCAUAGCGACUGUGAUUCCUCCUCCUCGGUUGUUGAUGAUGAUGAGGUCUGUGUUCUCGCUUCUUUCCGUAGAGCCUUGCCGUUCGAUCUUAACUUACCACCUCCCAUGGACGUCGUGGAUUUAACUGGUGAUGAUCUUCAAGCUACUGCUUUAUGCCUCUGAUGAUGCUGUUCUUGAUUCAUAUCAUCGUGGGUUUUACAAUGAUCCUCUCAUUUUCCACAUUUCUUCUGUUUUUUCUAUCUUCUUUUCUUGGGAAAAAACACUAAACUGAAAAAAAAUUCAAAUAUGGUGGUAAGUUGAAGAGAAUUUUCUCGCUCCCUCCUGUCUGUCGACUCUUACUUUGUUAGACUUUUAGACUGGGUUCCCUUUGACGGCCAUGGCCUAUAUAAUCUUGUCUGUGUUUCAUUGAAGCUUUUUAGCAUCGUUUAAGCUAUGCUGUGCUGUGUAUCUGAUCUGGGAUUUUCCUUUCUUGAUCCGAUUCACACCAUCAAUCCAUACUCUUCUGUACAAAGAUUACCCAUCUAAUUUAAAGAAUCUGCAGUUGUCUUAUUGCCAUUCUCUUCGCU